UUACAGACCCGAAGGGUCGGCAGACCUGUGCCCUCGGGUCUCAGCCGGGGGCUUCAGAGUGGGGGUAGGAAUCCGGGCGAAUCGGAAACAUCGGCAGAGCUUAGCUCCUGCGGGAAAAGUGGGGGUCGAUUUUAGGGAAGGUGGUGAAGGUCUCGGAUCCCUUGGGCUCAGUGCGGGUCUCUGAAGAAGGGUGGUGAGGAGAAAUCCGUAAAUGAGGCCUGUAAGGAAAGCGUUUGAAAUUUCCUCUUGAAUCAGGUCUUGAUGUAAGGUUCCUGAUCCUCCCGUAGGACAGGGCGUCUGCCCGGAUUCCUCGUGUGACAUACUGAUGACAGUUCUGUUCACAUUGGUGUGAGGCUUAAGUCUUUCAAACGCACAUACCAUUUAUCGUGAAACUUUACACAGAUACACAUGUAUUAGUACCUGUCAUGUGGCUAUUGUCCAGGAUGCAAUGUCGACUUUUUAGUGUGGCAAUCCACAAGUGUACGGGGUAGGGAGGUCAUAGUAUCCCUCAGUGCCACAUAAACGGUUUAACCAUUCGUCAAACCUAUGUACUUCAAAAACUUACAGAAUUUAGACCAUUUCUGCAUUGUAUAUUGAUGACAACUGUUAUUUUAAAUAAAUGAUACUGCAUUUGCUUUUCUAAGGGGAAAUAUAGGUACUAAGAUGCUUUAAUUUCUCAUCACUGAUUCCAGUCUCAGAAUCCAGUAAUAACCAUAUGACUGUGCACUGCAGGUGGAAAUGAGUUCUCAGCAGUUUCCUCGGUUAGGAACCCCUUCCACCGGGCUAAGCCAGGCUCCUCCGUCACAGAUUGCCAACAGUGGUUCUACAGGGUUGAUAAACCCAGCUGCUACAGUCAACGAUGAAUCUAGUCGAGACGCUGAAGUCACUGCCAGGGAGCACAUGGGUUCCAGCAGCUCCCUACAGGCCCGUGAAGAGAAGCAAGAGCCUGUUGUGGUAAGGCCCUAUCCACAGGUGCAGGUGUUGUCUACACACCAUGCUGUUGCAUCGGGCACACCUGUCACAGUGACAGCCCCACCAGCACAUCUGACGCCAGCAGUGCCACUCUCAUUUUCGGAGGGACUUAUGAAGCCACCCCCGAAGCCCACCAUGCCUAGCCGUCCCAUUGCUCCUGCUCCACCUUCUACCUUGUCACUUCCCCCCAAGGUUCCAGGGCAGGUUACCGUUACCAUGGAGAGUAGCAUCCCUCAAGCUUCAGCCAUUCCUGUGGCAACAAUCAGUGGACAACAGGGACAUCCCAGCAACCUGCAUCACAUCAUGACCACAAACGUACAGAUGUCUAUCAUCCGCAGCAAUGCUCCGGGGCCGCCUCUUCACAUCGGAGCUUCUCACUUACCUCGCGGGGCCGCAGCUGCUGCUGUGAUGUCCAGUUCGAAAGUAACCACGGUCCUGAGGCCAACUUCCCAGUUGCCAAAUGCAGCCACGGCACAACCGGCGGUCCAGCACAUCAUCCACCAACCGAUCCAGUCUCGGCCACCUGUGACCACGUCCAAUACCAUCCCUCCUGCUGUGGUAGCAACCGUGUCAGCCACCAGAGCUCAGUCUCCUGUCAUCACUACAACAGCCGCACAUGCUGCCGACUCGGCACUGAGUCGGCCCACUCUGUCUAUCCAGCACCCACCGUCUGCAGCAAUUAGUAUUCAGCGUCCUGCCCAGUCUCGGGACGUGACCACAAGAAUCACACUGCCUUCUCACCCUGCUCUGGGGACGCCAAAACAGCAGCUUCAUACCAUGGCCCAGAAAACCAUCUUCAGUACUGGCACCCCAGUGGCUGCAGCGACAGUGGCACCUAUUUUGGCGACCAACACGAUUCCUUCAGCCACCACGGCCGGAUCUGUGUCACACACACAAGCUCCCACGAGUACCAUCGUUACCAUGACAAUGCCCUCACACUCAUCCCAUGCUACUGCCGUGACCACGUCAAACAUCCCGGUCGCUAAGGUGGUGCCUCAGCAGAUCACACACACUUCUCCUCGGAUCCAACCCGAUUACCCUGCAGAGAGGAGUAGCCUGAUUCCCAUUUCAGGCCAUCGAGCCUCUCCGAAUCCCGUGGCCAUGGAAACCCGAAGUGACAAUAGACCAUCUGUUCCUGUUCAGUUCCAGUACUUUCUGCCAACGUACCCACCUUCUGCAUACCCACUGGCUGCUCACACCUACACCCCAAUCACCAGCUCUGUGUCCACCAUUCGCCAGUAUCCAGUUUCGGCUCAGGCUCCAAACUCUGCCAUCACAGCUCAGACUGGUGUUGGUGUGGCAUCUACAGUCCACCUGAACCCCAUGCAGUUGAUGACAGUGGAUGCAUCUCAUGCUCGACACAUCCAGGGCAUCCAGCCAGCCCCCAUCGGCACGCAGGGGAUCCAGCCGGCCCCCAUUGGGACCCCGGGAAUACAACCAGCACCAAUUGGCACACAGGGGAUUCACUCGGCAACACCAAUCAGCACACAGGGACUUCAGCCUGCGCCAAUAGGGACCCAGCAGCCUCAACCCGAAGGAAAGACCUCAGCAGUGGUGUUGGCAGAUGGAGCCACGAUCGUAGCCAACCCCAUCAACAGUCCGUUCAGCGCUGCCCCAGCAGCGACGACGGUGGUGCAGACCCACAGCCAGAGCGCCAGCACCAGCGCUCCGGCCCAGGGCUCCUCCCCACGGCCAAGCAUCCUCCGGAAGAAACCCGCCACGGACGGGAUGGCCGUGCGGAAAACCCUCAUCCCUCCUCAGCCUCCGGAAGUGGCCAGUCCCCGAGUGGAGAGCUCUAUGCGGAGUACGUCCGGGUCGCCGAGGCCUGCAGGUGCCAAACCCAAGUCAGAAAUCCACGUAUCAAUGGCCACUCCUGUCACUGUGUCUAUGGAGACCAUGGCUAAUCAAAACAAUGACCAGCCCACCAUCGCCGUCCCACCCACCGCUCAGCAGCCCCCACCGACCAUUCCAACCAUGAUUGCAGCAGCUAGUCCCCCGUCCCAGCCGGCGGUCGCCCUUCCAACCAUUCCCGGAGCCGUCCCGGUCACUCCACCCAUCACCACCAUUGCCGCCGCCCCUCCGCCGUCAGCAGCUGUGGGUGGCAGUCUCUCAUCCGUCUUGGGCCCUCCUGUACCUGAGAUAAAAGUUAAGGAAGAAGUGGAACCAAUGGACAUCAUGAGGCCGGUUUCCGUUCCUCCCCUGGCCACCAACACCGUGUCUCCAUCCCUCGCGUUGCUGGCUAACAACUUAUCCAUGCCGCCGAGUGACCUGCCGCCGGGCGCCUCCCCGAGGAAGAAGCCACGCAAGCAGCAGCACGUGAUCUCCACGGAAGAGGGGGAGAUGAUGGAGACCAACAGCACCGACGACGAGAAGUCCGCUGCCAAGAGCCUCCUGGUGAAGGCCGAGAAGCGCAAGUCUCCUCCCAAGGAGUACAUCGAUGAAGAAGGUGUGAGGUAUGUCCCCGUGCGUCCAAGACCCCCCAUCACUUUGCUCCGCCACUAUCGGAACCCCUGGAAAGCUGCUUACCACCACUUCCAGCGGUACAGCGACGUCCGGGUCAAAGAGGAGAAGAAAGCUAUGCUGCAGGAAAUAGCUAAUCAGAAAGGAGUCUCCUGUCGUGCCCAAGGCUGGAAAGUCCACCUGUGUGCCGCCCAGUUGCUGCAGCUGACGAAUCUAGAACACGACGUUUAUGAAAGACUCACCAACCUACAGGAAGGGAUUAUCCCAAAGAAAAAAGCAGCAACUGAUGAUGAUUUACACCGAAUAAAUGAACUAAUACAGGGAAACAUGCAGAGGUGUAAGCUCGUGAUGGAUCAGAUCAGCGAGGCCAGAGACUCCAUGCUCAAGGUCUUAGAUCACAAAGACCGCGUCCUGAAGCUUCUAAACAAGAACGGCACUGUCAAGAAGGUGUCAAAAUUGAAGCGAAAGGAAAAAGUCUAGACCCCAAAUCAGGACUCUGAAAACAGAAUUGAUGAAGAAUGACGUUGGGGGUGGGGGAGGGCUCCAGUUAUUUGCAAAGUGGAUUUUCCUUAAUUCACAUGUGAAAGCAGAGGGACCCGUAGCACAGUGACGCGGCGGGAUCAGAGCUGGUCCGACACGGUGGAUGCCAGUCUCUCUUCCAGGCGGCUCCCUCCCACACUUCCUGUCCCACACGUGACUUGUGAUGCAUCAGUGUCUCCCGGUUGAAAUCAGUGACAAAUGACCGGCUGGCAUUUCUCGGCCUUCCAGCCGACAAACUGAAUUUAGCUGAUGGAUUCCUGCAGGACCUAUUCUGAGCCUGGACUGAAAGUAUCCACUCGGACCAUCUGUUCUCUCUCCACUGAAACUCAGACCUCUCCCCUCACCCCAGCCGGGUCUUACUCCGUCUGCCCUUCAGAUGCCCAAGCUGGCCUUCGAAAGCAGUGCCAUGGCACCGAGCGACCUGCCACAUCUCACACUCUAAAGGGUUUGAACUAUCGAGUCUCGUCGUUUUUUUAAAGAACCAUUUCACAGUGAAAUUGUUAUAUUGUCUGUCCUGCGUGUGUCUGAGUUGGGUUUUUGUGGAGGUGCCGAGCCGGCAACACCGUAAGUUGCUCUGAGAUCCCUGUCCUGAAGUACAUUCUUGGUUAUCUGUACUUCUAUAGCUGGUGUGAUGCUGUUAAUCGUAUGUACCGCACAUCUCCAAACGUUAAUAAAGGACUCAAAGAGGUUUUUGUA